UACUUCCUUGUGAAGCUCAGUCAAGGCGUGGGCCAGUCAAUGAGGAUUUUGGGAGAGAGAAAAAACGAAGGACGAAUGAAGAAGCGUUUACAGCACAAGUUCAGCCUCUUCAGCGAACUUUAUCUGGCAACUAAACUGAUUAAUAAUACUAUCCAAAUGGGAUAUUAUUAAAUCUCCGCCAAAGGCACCGGAUGUUGUCCUUACAAACAAAGUGAGGGGUUUUUUUUGUCACAGGAGCUGUCAUAGUGCACUACAGAUCCUGGUGAUGAUCAAGAGGUUUUGAGGAACAGUGACUGUUGUUUUCCUUAGGCUGCACAAAGGACAGCAGACACAGAGAUGCUAUUCAGGGCUUGGGCAUUCUUAGCGUGUGUCUGGCUACAGAUUCAGGUGACCUUGAAUGCUGAAACCUGUCCUGUAGACCAACAGAAAUCUGUUGAUUUUACAGUGCCAUAUUCUUCGCGUCAUUUCCAAACUUUGAAGCCCAUCCAGAACAUUGUGGUGUACCAGGAUUUGUCUGAGGUAUAUAUAGCCUCACAGAAUGUCAUCGAAGCCCUGAACAACAAUCUUGAGAAGAUAUGGGAGUUACGCACCGGGCCUGUCGGCAAUCCAGAUUGUAAGACAUGUCAGUGUGGUUUCGAGACUGAUCCAAAUGCAUCAGAAGACACGGAUAAUCAAGUUUUGCUUUUGGACUCUAAACCAUUUUUGCCGUUUCUGUACGUAUGUGGUAGCAAUCAGUACGGGAGCUGUACGUUUCUUGAACUUGAAAAAGAUGUGCAACCAUCUGUCAGCUGUCUUUUCAAACAUGAAAUUAACUCACUCACACAGUGUCAUGAUUGCAUUGCUAGUCCUCUAGGCACAAAAGUCAGCAUUGUAGAAGAAGGCCAGGCCUCUUACUUCUUUGUAGCUGCUACCAUCAACAGCACAAUUGCAAAAGAUAAUGGCAGACGUUCUAUCUCAAUCCGACGUCUGCUCGCAACAGAAGAUGGAUUUGAGGUCGAAAUCAAAGGCUUGACAGUACUUCCUAUGUUCCAGGAUCCCUACCCUAUUGAAUAUAUUUAUACAUUCUCCACACAGGAGUAUACAUAUUUUCUGUCUGUUCAGAGAGAAAACCCCUCAGACAACACAUCGGAACUUCAGACUCAUCUGGGGGUGCUGCCAAAUGGGGAUAGAGAAGCCUGGAUGUAUCGAGAGGUGGUCUUAGAGUGCCACUUCAGGCCCAAGCGGAAGAGGAGAAGCACUGAGAAUGUUGUGUACAAUGUAGCUCAAGCAGCUCAUUUCAGCAUAGCAGAGAAGGACCUAGCAAAUCAACUAGGCCUGAAGGAGAAACAGAACAGCGUCUUGUACAUAGUAUUUGCAAUUACUGAUAAAGAUGGAAAACCUACUGGAAGAUCUGCCCUUUGCGCAUUUUCUAUAGUGAGCAUAAAGCUAGCCAUCAAACAAGGUAUGGAUGCAUGCUGCCAAAAGAGAGCCGGACGCCUUUCCCGGGGCUUGAAUUACUUCCAGCCGAGUGCUAGCUGUCCUCAUGAAGGAGAAGACAGACAGGUGUGUGAAGCUAUGCCCACCAUGAUAGCUACUCCUCACUCUAGAACAGACUUCUUCAGUGGCCAGAUGACAGAUGUGUUCACCUCCAUUUUGGUUACCACUAUUGGUAGUGACACUAUAGCUCAUAUCGGCACUGAACGUGGAAGACUGCUACAGGUCAUUCUGACAAUGUCAAGCCCCAUUGUGUUUGCCAACUACUCUCUUGUGGAUGAGGAAGAGAGAGUGUCCCCUAUUGCUGCAGUGCAGUCUGAGGACUCUUUGCUCUUUGUGGUUGGAAACAAGAUGAUGACUGUGUCUCCUAAAGGACCAGGCUGCACACAUCUGCUAACUUGUUCAGAGUGUAUGCAGGCCCCUCGCUUUAUGGGCUGUGGAUGGUGUGAUGGGACGCAAAACUGCUCAAAAAUGACUGAAUGCCAGGGCCAGUGGCGUAAUAACACUUGCCCUCCAAUUAUCACCAAGUUUUUUCCAAACACUGCUCCACCUGAUGGUGAAACAGAGAUUACACUUUGUGGCUGGAAUUUACAGUCUCCCUUGAAACCUGUUAUCACUCCAUCUACUCACCAAGUCAUUGUGGGACAGAGGAACUGUACCAUAAUACCAACAAUGAGCAAAAGCACCCAGCUGGUAUGCAGGCUCCUUCCUCAUUCCUCAGAUGUGAUGCAAGAUGUAGAAAUUUACCUGAAUGUGAAUGAAGAGAGAGUGGCGAAUGGUUACUCCAUCUCUGGACAGGCUCGCAUACAAGGAUUCAGCUUUGUGACUCCAGUUGUCACUGAUAUCAGUCCCAACUUUGGGCCCAAGAUUGGAGGCACCAGAAUUACACUGACAGGAAAAUAUCUGGAUUCUGGACAAACAAGAACGGUCCGGAUGGGCGAGAAGAUCUCCAACGUUGAAAGCGUUUCUAGCAAUGAGACCUGGUCCUCUGUAGUCUUCAUGUCUGAGGCAGUGGAGGAUCUGACAGAUGUGAAUGUGUCACUUCUAAUUGACAAUUCAGUUAUAUAUGCAACCAAGCAAUUCAGCUAUAGGGAGAAUCCUAAGGUGACCGAGAUAAAGCCUAACUGCAGCUUCAGCAGAGGUUCCAAAAUCAUCAUACUGGGGGAAAAUCUUGACACUGCGUCCCAGACUACAAUUUAUUACAAAGCCAAGAACUCAAAUCCCAUCCAAAGUGUGUGUUUAGGUCCUGUGAGCCCAACACAGAUGGAAUGUGUGAGUCCGGCAUGUGAGGAUUCGGAUGGUGUCCUCUCGGUGGACAUGGAUGGAGCAAAAAAUCUUAUUUCAAUGCCUUUUUUCUGCUACCCCAAUGGCAAGCCAAUCCCCUUUGAACAUGAUGACAACAUGCUUCUACUUGAACCUGGGAAGGACAGAGUCUCAUUGCAUCACGAGAGACUCAGCUUGGUGAGCCAUUGCAUGGACAUCAUCAUGACAAUAAAUGGUGUGAACUGCAACGCUCAAGUCCGGGAAAAUGAAAUCUCCUGCCGAAUCCCUAAAAAUGUUGUGAUCCCUAACAAGGGGGCACCAGUCAUGGUGUCAGUAAAUGGGGAGAUUUAUGAUGUUGGCCGGGUGGCAUAUUCCAGCAGCCACCUUCCUGUUGGCAUUGUGUUGGGUAUACUUGCAGCACUGGCAGUAGGGGCCGCUUUAGCAUUUGCACUCAUGAACCAUUGGCACAAGAGGAAGAAAGUAGCUAGGGAGGCAGAGCUUCGGUUAUCAAUGUAUUCCAUGCGAAAUGAGGACGCUUCACCAAUGGGAGACUACAGACGAGAAUUUUCCACUGGUACCUCACGUGGAUCAGGCAUGGCAUUCUCUGGGUUGGUGUAUGCCGGUGGUGUAGACCCUGCUGCUCUUCCUCUGGUAUCGCCUCAGACCAUCUCCCUAUCAGCUCUGAGGCCCCAGCUGCUGGAGGAGGUAAAGGAUGUGCUGAUCCCUCCUGAGCAGCUCACUAUCCAGAAAGACGACAUCAUUGGCAAAGGUCAUUUUGGAACAGUUUAUCAUGGCUACCUUAAAGACAGCGACAACCAUGAAAAACACUGUGCAGUGAAGUCAUUAAACAGCAUUACAGAUGUGGAGGAAGUGGAACUCUUCUUGAAAGAGGGGAUCCUGAUGAAAGCCUUUCACCACCCUCAUGUGCUCUCACUUUUGGGAAUUCUGAUACCCACUGAUGGCCUUCCUCUUGUUGUCCUGCCAUACAUGAAACACGGAGAUCUCCGGCACUUUAUCCGCUCUAAAGACAGGAAUCCAACAGUGAAGGACCUGAUUGGUUUUGGGCUUCAGGUUUCUAAAGGAAUGGAGUAUUUAGCACAAAAGAAGUUUGUGCACAGAGACCUGGCAGCACGCAACUGCAUGCUGGAUGAGACGUUCACUGUCAAGGUGGCUGACUUUGGCAUGGCACGGGACAUCUUGGAUAAAGAGUAUUACAGCAUUCAGGACCACAAAAGAGCCAAACUUCCUAUCAAAUGGAUGGCCAUAGAGAGUUUACAGACUCAGAAAUUUACCACCAAAUCUGAUGUGUGGUCAUUUGGUGUGUUAAUGUGGGAAAUGCUGACCAGAGGAGCAAGUCCAUAUCCUGAUGUUGACCCAUAUGAUAUGACACCAUAUCUAUUACAAGGACGGCGACUGCCACAGCCUCAGUACUGCCUCGACUCCCUGUGGUGUAUCCUGUUGCAGUGCUGGAACCCCGAGCCUGAUUUCAGACCGACCUUCUCCAUUCUGGUGAAGAAGUUGCAGGAGAUUCACUCUAUGCUGGAAGGAGAACACUAUGUGAACCUGCAGGUGACUUAUGUGAACCUGGACCAAAGACGUCCAUACACCUCCAUUGCUUGGGCCUCUCCAUCACUGCCUGAGGGCCACAGCACUGAAACACUGGAUCGGCUGGAGAACAGUGGAGAUACCUAACCUUCAGCCAACAUUACUCAGGGGUUCAUCUAAAGACAUUUGAGGAAUGUAUGAAACAUAGUGUCAUUUGGACAGAGUUUGCGUCACUAAAGAAUCCAGCAGUCGGUCAGUCUACAGGAUGGAGUUACUGCUGUGUGAAAGUGUUUAAAUACGUAAAUAAUAUCCAGAUUAUUCAAUCAUGCUGGUUAAAAUGCAGCUGUCCCUUGAGUGGGUGUGGCUAAAGUUCAGAGAACAUGUCGCUCCAAAUUCUAACUGACCAUUAGAUAUUUAUGGUGCCUUGCUUAUAGACAAUCGCACCUGUGCAAAAUGUACCAAAAGUUAGAAACACAAGCUGAAUUUAAGAAAUAAAGGAAGGUUUGAAGAAGUAAAAAGAAAAUUAGAGAACUAGCUGGGCGAUUGUAUAAUUCUUUUUUAAUUUAAAAUCAAUUCUUAUUUGAUUUUCAUGCUUAUAAUUUUGACUAUAUUAACUCCUUACAGUUUACAGUAACAUUGUAUGCACAAGCCAUCAGACACUGAAACUGGAAUACGGUACCAAAUUUGUUCUCAGGUUAGCAGGUUAGCACUAGUCAGUCUGGAUUAGAUGUUUACUGUGUUUAGAAGACAUAUGUAAUUUUAUAUUGCACUGACCAGUAGUUAAUUGCUUUUAUAUUGUUUUUUAUUUAGUGUAGUUUUCCGACUGUGAUUUAACUCAUUUAAUAAUGUAAGGCAUUUGUUCAAACACAGCCGGAAAACAACACUAAAAAUAUAUAUUUUUUGUUGUUGUUGUUGUUUUUUUUAGUGUUGUUUCCCGACUGUGUUUGAACAAAUGCCUUACAUUUACCUCUUCAUGCUUUCAUUAUGACACACACACACACUAAAUGUUUAAAGAGAGUGUAUGUUUAUCGAAUGUAAAAUUAUAGAGCAAGUACAGCAUACUGAAAUAACCAGUAUGUUUUAUUUAUUCACAAUACAAUACAUUUAGACUACUGUUCUCUCCUGUUUCUACAAUGGCAUCAUCUGUGUCACUGUUUUUCACCUCCAGUUCUUACCUGGGCCAAUUAUCUGAUGAUCAAAUCUGUUAUGUAUUGUUCAAAAGAAUUCACUCAUGACCAUGAGCAAAUUAAAAUAAUCUUGCAAAA